AUGGCCUCUGCAACACUCAAACCACCUAAAAGACUAGGAGAGUUUCUCAACGAGGAGCAAGAACCUUUCAUACUAGAGGUAUACCUUUCAGAAAGAGAGUAUUCCAACAGAUGGAGCUUCAAUGAUGGAGAUUCAAGCAACACUUCAGAGAUACCAACCACAUCUGGCUUAAACAAAAAGAAAAAGGCUCUUCUCCCAAUUUGUCAAGUCCUAAAAGCUCUAUAUAAGAAGCUUGCUUUCAACAAAGAAAGCAAACGUGUUCUAACCAAGGUUCAUGAGUAUGACCAAAGAAACAAACAUGAAGGUGUCCUUGAACGUACCCGGUUCGAUCAUAUUCUUAAGUUUUCGUCAGAUAGCAGAUUUACUAUGUUCAGUUCAUGCCAAGAUAUUGAUGAAGAGGGAACCUCCGUAUUGUCACAUAAACAGCAGCACUUGUUUUAUUCCCACACUAUAUGCAACAUGGGACCGCAGCAGAGGUAG